ACCUGCUUGUUCGCUUCCUUCAUGGUCUCUCUGUGGAGUCCAACCAGAGACUCUUAGGAGGUCUGCUGGGUCAGACAGAGAAGAAUCCAGGAACCAUCCAGAGAGCCAUCAACAACCUGAAGGAGAUCAACAGUGAAGGAGUCUCUCCUGACAGAAGCAUCAACAUCUAUCACUGUCUGAUGGAGAUGAAGGAUCUCUCAGUUCAUCAGGAGAUCCAAGAGUUCCUGAAGUCAAAGAACAAAUCAAAGAAGAAACUCUCAGAGAUCCACUGCUCAGCUCUGGCCUACACUCUGCAGAUGUCAGAGGAGGUUCUGGAUCAGUUGGACCUGGACCAGUACAACACAUCACGUGAGGGUAAACGGAGACUGAUCCCAGCUGUGAGGAACUGCAGAAAGUUCAGAAUUCCAGAACCAUGUGGACUCUCAGAGACUCACUAUGAAAUUGUGGCCUCAGCUCUGAAGUCCAACCCGUUCCACCUGACAGAACUGGACCUGAGGAAUAAUGACAUCCAGUAUUCAUCCAUGGAGGUUCUGUGUUCUGGACUGGAGAGUCCAAACUGCAGACUGCAGACUCUGAGGUCAGAACAUUGAAGCUGCUGGUUGGUUCAUUUCUACAUUUGUAGUUCUUCACUGAAGCUGAAAGGUUUGGAUUCAAAGAGUUUCUGGAUUUUCCAGGACUUAAAUCAUUUGGUUUUUUUCAUUGUCAUUCAGCCGUUUCUCUAUUUCCGACCUGUUCUUGCUGUGAAAGUGUUUUUUUCUUUGUCCAGUGAGACUUGAUGAAUUUAGAAAAGAAGACAUUGAAUUUCUGUGGUUUUCAGGGCUGCCACGAUUAGUCGAUUAGUCACGACUACGUCAACGCAUCGAUUUGAGUUUGUUUUCUCUUGUUGAUCUCAAACUACAUUGUGUGCUUUCUAAUGCCGGGUCUGCUUUUCUCUGUGACACACGUGCACAGUAGU